AUGAACAAUGAAAAUUCCAGAUUAGGAACUUGUUUGCUUAACGAUAAUCGUGCAACGGGUAGUAGCAACGUAAAAAUGGAAGCAGCACAGUUGUCGAUUGCUGGCGGUACUGUUGGUUAUGGUUUUUGGCGUUCAUUAAAAAAUUUUGACAAUGAUAGUGCCUGUGCUGGUGUUCACAAUCGUUACGUUUAUUUGUCAUUACCACUAGUUAAAGCAAAGAGACCACAAGAAAUGGAGAAUCCUAAAGAUUUCCUAGAAGCUGGCCGUAAAAAAUAUAACCAAUUUGUUGAAUCUAGAAGUGUGAAUUAUAAACAACGUAAAGAAGAAUCAUUUAAUAUUAAUGAGUUUACAAUAAAAGAUGUUCAUAUGUCUGAAGAACAAAAGUAUGAUAGUCCCGCACCUGAUUUACAAGUAAAUAAAAGGCACACAUUCACAACUCAUGCCAAUUCUUCAACGGCAUCGUGGGAUAACAAUCCACAGUUGACUGUAAUCAAUGAUCAAGACUAUGUUUAUCAAUCAUUAUUAUCAAAUAAUAAACAAGAAGAUGACAGUGAUAUAGAUUUUGACGUUAUUGAAGCAUUCGAUAGUCCUGACAGUAGUACCUCAAGCUGUAUGUGUUGUGUUUAG